AUGGGACAGGGGGACGGGCUGUGCCGCUGUGGAGUGUCUCAGCGGGAGUUGGACAUGUUCCCCCGGCCCUCCUUAGCGCAGCCUGCGGCGGCAUCGCUUGCCCAGUGUGUGUACCAUGUGGGGGGCAUCCUGGCCGUCCCUCAGAGAUCCAGGCUGGCGCACGUAGUGGAGCGAUGCAUGAGUGUCAUGCAGUCGGGGACCCAGAUGGUCAAACUGAAGAACGGCUCCAAGGGUUUGGUGCGGCUCUUCUACCUGGACGAGCACCGGUCCUGCAUCCGAUGGCGGCCCUCCAGAAAGAGCGAGAAGGCCAAGAUCACUAUCGACUCUCUGUACAAAGUGUCUGAGGGGCGCCAGUCAGACAUCUUCCACCGACAUGUAGAGGCAAACUUUGACCCCGGCUGUUGCUUCACCAUUUACCACGGAAACCACAUGGAGUCCCUGGACCUGGUGACCACCAAGCCAGAAGACGCACGCACCUGGGUGACGGGGCUCCGGUACCUAAUGGCUGGGAUCAGCGAUGAGGACUCAUUGGCUAAAAGACAACGCACCCAUGACCAAUGGAUGAAACAGACUUUUGAAGAGGCAGACAAGAAUGGUGAUGGUUUCCUGAAUAUUGACGAGAUCUACCAACUUCUUCACAAGAUGAAUGUGAACCUCCCGCGCCGUAAAGUGAAGCAGAUGUUCCAGGAGGCAGAUACGGACGACCAGCAGGGCACUCUGACUUACGCAGAGUUCAGCGUUUUCUACAGGAUGAUGUCCACACGCAGGGAUCUCUUCCUGCUGCUCAUGUGCUUCAGCGAGAAGAAGGACCACCUGACUGCUGAGGAGCUAGGAAACUUUCUGCAAACAGAGCAGAAGAUGGCCAACGUGACCACAGAGUACUGUCUGGAUGUCAUUGAUAAGUUUGAGGUCUCAGACGAAAACAAACAGAAGAGUGUCAUGGGAAUUGAAGGCUUCACCAACUUUAUGCGCAGUCCUGCCUGUGAUGUCUUCAACCCCCAACACCAUGAGGUGAACCAGGACAUGGACCAGCCCCUCUGCAACUACUACAUCGCAUCUUCCCACAACACCUACCUGACCGGAGACCAGCUGCUAUCUCACUCCAAGACCGACAUGUACGCCUGGGUCCUUCAGUCUGGCUGCCGCUGCGUGGAAGUCGACUGCUGGGACGGCCCUGAUGGGGAACCCAUGGUCCAGCACGGCUACACCCUCACCUCAAAAAUCACCUUAAAGUCCGUCAUCGAGGCCAUCAACAAGUAUGCGUUCAUCAACAACGAGUACCCGGUGAUCCUCUCCAUUGAAAACCACUGCAGCAUCCAGCAGCAAAAGAAGAUCGCCCAAUACCUGAGGGAGAUAUUCAGUGACAAGCUGGACAUCUGGGAAUCGCUUGGCAAGGACUCCAAAAUGCUGCCUAGCCCCAACAACUUGAGAGGAAAGAUUCUCAUCAAGGGUAAGCGUCUACCCCCGUACCUGUCUGCUGAUGUGGAGGAGGGAGAAGUGUCAGACGAUGACAGCGCUGAUGAGAUUGAGGAUGACUUCAAGCUGAAGAACAGCAGCAGCAAUGGUCCCAGCCAGUACCAAGUGGAGUCGUACAUCCGGAAGAAGCUGGACUCACUGGUGAAGGAGUCCCAGAUCGGUGACAAGGAGGACACAGACAGCUUCUCCAUCCGUGCUCUGCUACGUGCAACCCACGAGGGCCUGAAUAUGAACCUCAAACAGAACUCCAAUGUCAAAGAGGGGUUAAAGAAGUCCCAAAGCCGCUCCUUCAUCAGCAACCUAAAGUACAAGAGACACUCCAAAUCAAGGUUCAAGUCUCAGAGCUUGGAUACGGACGAGGAAGGACUGCAGGAAACAUCUGGAAAAGACACAGGGCAGUUUGUUAGGGGUUGUAGACGGAGAAAGACCAUUAAGCUGAGUAGAGACCUCUCAGACCUGGUUGUGUUCACCAACUCUGUGGUCUCCCAAGAAUGCCUGGAAGAGAGUACUCCAGGGAAUGUUCUGUCCUUUAGUGAAAAUCGCGCACAGCAUCUUGUUCACCACAGAGCGGAGCGCCUCAUCUCCUUCAACCAGAGGCAGCUCUCCCGCAUCUACCCUUCUGCCUACCGCAUUGAUUCCAGUAACUUUAACCCCCAGGUCUACUGGAAUGUAGGCUGCCAACUGGUGGCGCUGAAUUACCAGACUGAGGGGCGUAUGAUGCAGUUGAACAGGGCCAAGUUUUUGGCGAAUGGUAACUGUGGAUACAUCCUCAAGCCCCAGCCCAUGUGUAAAGGUUCCUUCAACCCGUUCUGUGAUGAUCCCUUCCCUGCGUACCCCAAGAAGCAGCUGUUGCUGAAGAUAAUCAGUGGUCAGCAGCUACCCAAGCCCCCAGACUCUAUGCUGGGGGACCGAGGAGAGAUUAUUGAUCCUUUUGUGGAGGUGGAAAUCAUUGGUCUGCCUGUUGACUGCUGCAAAGAACAGACUAGAGUGGUGGAUGACAAUGGGUUUAACCCAGUGUGGGAAGAGACUCUCUCUUUCAACCUGCACAUGGCAGAGUUGGCGCUGGUGCGCUUCCUGGUCUGGGACCAUGAUCCAAUUGGCCGAGACUUUGUUGGCCAGAGGACGGUGGCCUUCAGCAGCUUGAUGCCAGGUUAUAGACAUGUUUACCUGGAGGGAUUGACUGAGGCCUCCAUCUUUGUGCACAUCGCAGUGCAUGACAUCUAUGGCAAGGGUCGACAGCUCAGAGGAAUUAAAGGCCUGUUCAAUAGGAGCAGUAAGCGCUCGGUGGACACCCACACAGGACUCCCGCUGCGUAAGCGCUCCAUCAGUGACCACCUGCUGCGGCGCACUGCUAGCGCCCCCGCCAAAGGCCGCAAGAAGUCGAAGAUGGGCUUCUCCGAGGCCCCGGGCAGCAGGGCGAACGGCGUGGGCGAGCCCCCAGACGCUCAGGUUUCCCACGGGGCGGUGGAGAGGCGCGCAGUCCCCCGGCCCCUGCUCCAGCACCGCCCUGUCUCCAUGCCGCUCGAGAAGCUCCUGCAGGGGGCCUUGGCUCUCUCCUCGCCCCGCCAGGAUCAGCCUGACCCAGGCACUGACACGCAAACGGAAAUGGUUGCCUUGGAGAGACCCAGGUCGGCCUCAGUGGAUCUCCUCAUUGAAACCUCUGCUUGCUUAAAACCCCAAGACCUGUCCCUGCCUUCUGACGCCUCCCAGGAAUGGACCAGGAAUCCCACUGAGGUGCAGGAGACCACCUACUUGGUAAUUGGGGGAGCCUGCAAAGAAGAACACUGUGACGACAGCCCAGAAGACCCACACAACCAAUCGGAUGAAGCAGCUAAACUUAUUUCCCCAAACAAAACCGUUUUGCUCCAAACCAGUUUCGUUGACACAGUGGGUGACCAUAUAAGGUCACAGUCCUCCAAUGUGCAAGCCAGAGAGGCUGAAAUACCGACAUUGAGCAGGUCCAACAUCAGAGCACUCACCCCCUCAAUGGCACUUCCCUCCUCCACCCUACACAUGGAUCAGUCUGAACUGCCCAGUGAAAUCUCACUGCAGGACAGUACAAUCUCCCGUCUCAUUGACGCGGUCUCCCUCGGCAACGGGAGCGACACCUGUGGGUCGAUAUCAGCACUGAUUGGUCAGUUUGACGUCACCGGUGACCAGAGCAACCUGGCCUUGGGAUCCAGCAUGCAGGGCACCCAGCCCCACAUCUCCAAUAUACUGACUCCUUGUAAAGCCCCUCCCCUUGACCCCUCUGACACAACCCUCUUCUGCAGCCCAGAGACCACCGACCCAUCCCUCUACACUAUCCUGGAUGAGGAGGUGCUGUCCCCUGUCACUGUCUAUAAGCUACCAGAGCAGAGCAUCCAGAAAAUGAGGGUGGAUUCUGAGGACAGCACCCCAGUGCCCAGCCUCGCACCAUCCCCUGUCAAGGACACCCAUCUUCAGUGCUCAGACAAUAAGGACAACUGGGGACACAUAUAUUACCAUCCAGGCAUGCAGGAAGAGAAUCAUAGGGCACACUUGUGUUACAAUGAGGAUGAAGAUUGUAGGUUGCCUUCAUAUUGCACCAAGGGCACAGGGUAUCAGGGUAGCAAUGCACCCUCAUAUCACACUGAGGCUGUGGAAGGUGAGGGUUUUGAGGUGCCUUCAUAUCGUACUGUGGGCAUGAAGGCCAAAGGUAGUGAGGUACACUCAUCUCAUUCUAAUGCUAUGGAAGACAAUGGUAGUCCAGUCCAUUCAUAUCACAGAAAUGUCAUGAAAAGCAAGGGCAGCAGGGUACCCUGGUAUCAGUCAGCAGGUGUGGAGGGUGAGAACAACUGGAUACCCUCAUAUGGUCCCCCAAGUUUUGAGGGAGAGGGCUAUCAGAGCCGAGGAAACGUCAGCAUUAACAGCCCCGCUUCAGACCUCUUCCUCCUCUGCCAUGACUCUGCGGGUAGCAGUCUGAUGGAGAUCGAGGUGAAUGUAGACGAGGACCCGCUGGACACCACACUGACUCCCAGCAAUGGCUGUGCAUGGGUGGGGACUGGACUCCCCAAUCACAGCAUACAGCAUCAGUGCAGCUACCCAGUCACCAGCACCCGAACUGAACCCCACCGUGCCAAUAAUGGGGUCCAUGUACAGGGAGAAUACAGUGGAAACUACAGGUCAGGUGACAGGUGGACACCAACAGAGAGAACAGAAAGGUACUACAAUGGCUAUGCCUCAGACUGUCUCAGGAUACCCAGGAGUGUUAGCCCUAUUCAGCAGAGCUUAGAUCACCAUCUUGCCUCAUGCUCUCCCCCUUUCCAAAACCACUCUAGAGGGCUUCCAGGCCCAGCCCAGCAGGGCCACAGGGGCCCAAACUUUGACCCUCCUCCGAUCUCCAAGGUUCCCAGCCCCUGUAAGUCCAAAAGCCUUGGUGACCUGACCUCGGAGGACAUCUCCUGCAACUUUGAGAGCAAGUACAAGUUCAUUAGCCGCAGCUUUGUCCCACCCAGCAUGCGGGAUAGAAAGUGGAUGGGCAGUCUGACCAAUCGGCCGUUUUCUGCCGACCCCCUGACUGAGCAGCUGCGCAAGCUGGUAUCCAUUGAGCAAGAGGACCGCCCCCUCCCUGUGCUUCUACCUCUGCCCGCAUGUCCUGUGGGUGGUGACAAGGACUCUCCGCGCAUCCUUUCCCGGAGGCUGUCAUCUCGAAGUCAGAGCCGUGUGCGUCACAUUGCCAGCCGCGCCCGAGAGAGGCAGCAAGAGGCUUGUAAAUCCCGUCCCUCUGGUGCCCCCUGCAGCACUGCUGGAGUAGUGCUUCGCAACAAGCCUGCUGCACAAAGCCCCACUGCCAACAGGCACUCCACUGGCUCCUACAUCGCUGGCUACCUGGACCAAGUGGAGGAUCGGGGGCUGCCUGAGGGUGCUUGCACCACAAUGCACUACAGCUACAGAGAUCACCGCUGCAAUGAUGACUCUGCACUGCCGGCAGACUCUUAUUCCCCUUCUGAACCUGAGGUGUACUUCCUGCUUAGACUGUGAAUCUACUUCCCGAUCAGAUUAGUUCUGUUUCCCUUUCAGCCAGUAAAUUACUUUUGCUCAGAAUGUAAAUAUUUCCAGCUCAGACUGUAAAUCUACAGUACUUCAUAAUCAGAUUGCAAAUCUACUUCCUGUUCUGCAAGUAUAUCUACUCCCUUUUCAGACUAUACCUACACUAUGAAGCAAAAACAGAUUUGUUACAGAGAGAGGGACAAGGCGCUUUAUUUAUCCCAAUGUCUAUCAAAUGAUGUAGCAAAAAAAGUGCAGUCUCUCUAAAAGAUGUUCUAUUUCAAAAGAGAUUCUUAAUAAGUCUUCCUCCAUCUGUAUGUGUUCUGUGUUUGUCUGUGCUGUACUGUAUAUAUUUGUAAAGGUUGUAAUCUGUAAGUUAUAGAUCUAAAAAAACUGUAAUUAAAUGUCUCAAAAAGUGCAUGUAACAGUUGACAUGACCAGCAUGACUAUGCAGGACUGUAUAUGUUUCAGUGCUCUGCAUUUGCACACAGCUCAUCUCUAGUGCAUUGGAUGCAAUACUUCAGAUUGCUUGCUUUCUGGUAGUUAUAUUCAAAACAUUUUAACACUACUGCAUAUUUUAAAACCAUGGAGUUAAAUGCUUUUAUUUUUGUAAUUGCUUUGAUACAGGCAGCAAAAUGAUUUUGUCUGAGGUAUACGAUGUAUUGUCUUUUUGGGGAUGGGACAAAAGACACAGUGAGAAACAGGGAGAUAAAAUGUUUGUUCAACUUCGCAAAGCUGCAGUUUGUAUCUGUGUUUAAUGCAUUCAGGAUGAACUGUUAUGUCUCCAGGUUGCUCAAAAGGAAACAGAGCAUUUUCCUGACCAAUGCAAUAAAAUAUUUAAGUAUUGAAACAUACACAA